AAGGGGCGUAUAUUAACAGUAUAAAAGAAGAGUGGCAUUGUUCUCGAUCUUUCUCCGUAGAUCUAGGUGUGAGCAGACAAACUUGUUGGACUCAGUCGAAAGGAACAGCCAUGAGGGAAAUUGUACAUCUCCAGGCCGGCCAGUGCGGUAACCAGAUCGGUGCCAAGUUUUGGGAGGUCAUUAGUGACGAGCACGGCAUUGACCCAACUGGAACCUACCAUGGGGACAGUGACCUGCAGCUGGACAGGAUCAACGUUUACUACAAUGAAGCGUCAGGUGGUAAAUAUGUGCCACGUGCCAUCCUUGUGGACCUUGAGCCAGGCACCAUGGAUUCUGUGAGAUCUGGACCAUUUGGCCAGAUAUUCAGACCUGACAACUUUGUUUUUGGUCAGAGUGGUGCAGGCAACAACUGGGCAAAAGGCCACUACACCGAAGGUGCAGAGCUGGUGGACGCGGUUCUGGAUGUGGUGAGGAAGGAGGCAGAAAGCUGUGACUGCCUGCAGGGCUUCCAGCUUACACAUUCCUUGUGGUGCACAGGGUCAGGCAUGGGAACCCUGCUGAUCAGCAAGAUCCGUGAAGAGUACCCAGAUCGCAUCAUGAACACCUUCAGCGUUGUGCCUUCUCCUAAAGUCUCCGACACUGUAGUCGAGCCCUACAACGCUACGCUGUCGGUCCAUCAGCUCGUAGAAAACACUGAUGAGACCUACUGCAUUGACAACGAGGCCCUCUAUGACAUCUGCUUCCGCACACUGAAACUAACAACUCCCUCCUACGGUGACCUAAACCACCUGGUCUCUGCAACCAUGAGCGGUGUGACCACCUGCCUGCGAUUCCCCGGACAGCUCAACGCUGACCUGCGCAAGCUGGCCGUCAACAUGGUGCCGUUUCCACGUCUGCAUUUCUUCAUGCCUGGCUUUGCUCCCCUCACAAGCAGAGGCAGUCAGCAGUACCGGUCCCUCACCGUGCCAGAGCUCACCCAGCAGAUGUUUGAUGCCAAGAACAUGAUGGCGGCCUGUGACCCGCGCCAUGGGCGCUACCUGACGGUGGCUGCCAUCUUCCGUGGACGCAUGUCCAUGAAGGAGGUAGAUGAGCAGAUGCACGUGCAGAACAAGAACAGCAGUUACUUCGUUGAAUGGAUCCCAAACAAUGUCAAGACCGCUGUCUGCGACAUCCCCCCCAGAGGUCUCAAAAUGGCUGCCACAUUCAUCGGCAACAGCACCGCCAUUCAGGAGCUGUUCAAGCGUAUCUCAGAGCAGUUCACUGCCAUGUUCAGGCGCAAGGCUUUCCUCCACUGGUACACAGGAGAAGGGAUGGAUGAGAUGGAGUUCACAGAGGCUGAGAGCAACAUGAAUGAUCUGGUGUCUGAGUACCAGCAGUACCAGGAUGCUACUGCUGAAGAGGAGGGAGAGUUUGAAGAGGGAGAGGAGGAGCUAGCUUAAACCUGUCCUGUUUUUGAAGCUGACAUGUUGUGUUUUUCAGUUGGCUCAUUCUUUUUGUUAAACUGUCUGAAGUUUAACCUAGCUCAUGUUUAAGUCCUCGUUCUGGGCUGGUUCGUUCCACGGUCCAAAUGUUGUGGGUUUUUCCUGAGCUUGUUCGCUCGAUACCACAGUUGUCAUUAGCAUGCUGUUCAGAGCAGUAUACAAUGUUGGAUGGCUGCAGGCUUGAAUAUGAGUACUAUUUACAUUUGUUUGCUAGUUCUUUGGAGCAAGGCCUGAACCCAAACUUCUGUAUGCAAAAAAACGUUGUAGGAAUUAGUCCUGUAAAAUGACCUUCAGCCAACAGGUGGCGCUGCUGUUCAGAAGUAUGAAGGCUGGUUUGCUGCUGUCCUGUAGUUUUUGGGGCUGAUUUGUUCGAAUAAAAGAUGUUCUGAAAGGA